AUACGGAAGCAAAAACAGCGUGUUCGGUCUUCACGUUGCCUCUAUCAUUUAAAUGUCAUUUAAAGACUACCUCUCUUGCGGCUGGUUGUGUCCUCUUCAUCACGCUGACACAUGUCUGCUCCACCUGCAGAAGACCUGGUCAGGCAGUGGGAACGUGAGCAGGCCCGUCUGAGACAGCAGGUGGUGGAGGAGGACACUGAGGACUGGCAGAGGAGUCCAGACUUCUCUGGCCUGGAGAGAGUUGGUGGAGUGGACCUCUCCUUCAUCAAAGGGGACGACGUCAACGCGUGCGCCCAGCUCGUGAUACUAAGCUACCCCGACCUCGAGGUGCUGUAUGAGGACAGUCAGAUGGUGACCCUGACAGCCCCCUACAUAGCUGGCUUCCUGGCCUUCAGAGAAACCCCCUUCCUCCUGGAAGCUCUGGAGCGGCUGCAGGAGAACCAGCCCACACUUCUCCCUCAGGUGGUGUUUGUGGAUGGGAAUGGUCUCUUCCACUACAGAGAGUUCGGCCUGGCAUGUCAUCUGGGAGUGCUGUCAGGGCUACCAUGUGUUGGUGUGGCCAAGAACCUGCUGCAGGUGCAGGGUGUGUACAAGAGUGAGGAGCACCAGUCACAGAUAGCUGCUCUGCAGAGAGGAGGAGACAGCUUCCCACUCACAGCCGCCUCAGGCAAAGUGCUUGGAAAGGCGCUGCGUAGCUCUGACAGGAGCUCUAAGCCUGUGUACGUGUCUGUGGGCCACAAGAUCAGUCUGGACACUGCUGUACGCCUCACACACUCCUGCUGCCGCUACCGGGUCCCCGAACCCAUCAGACAGGCUGACUGUCUCUCCAGAGAAUACCUUCGCAUACACUUCCCAGCUGCAGAUACAGGAAUCAAAGAAUGAUGGGUACAGGAACAAAGAGAGAAUAAAAGGGAGAGAAGUUUAAAUCAAACCCAUGAAAUUAAACCCAUUCAUCGGGUCAGAUGUGUAGUCUAUAUGGCAUGGUGGCAUUGUCAUUUUUCAGCUUUUUCCCUUGUCAGCAGGGAGGUCAGAGGUCAGGUAAGAGCACCCUUGCAGCUGGUUAGGAUUGAUAGUUUUUCUUUAAGAUGGGAGCUUGAACUCAGGCUUCCUGUUUCAGUGACAGUACACAGCUCCACUCUACUGCAGAAGAGGUAGAAAGUUUAAGAGUUUAAGAGCCUUUGACAGGUUCUCUGCAUUUUCAGAGGGGUGUGUGGAGGGGGCAGAGGUGAGCCAAGGACGCCCGAGGUUAAGUAGAGACACAGAGGCAGAGAGAGAGAAGCAACGAUGAGGAGAGAAAAAGCCUUUGAUCCUGUGAUUCUCAUCUGAAAUAACAGGCAGCGCUGCUCAGUCCAGCCCUACCUUCCUCAUUACCGAUCAAAGCACCAUUAGCAGAGUCAGAUGCUUAGAAAAGUCAUCAUUCAUUCCCCUCCUCCAAAGCAAAGUAUUUCUAAAUGUGCACAGAAGUGAAUAUUUGGAACCAGUGCAGCUUGCUCAUGUGAGCUCACACUCACGUGCAUUUACAGUUGUUCACACGCAGGCACAAGAGAGUGUGCGCACACUCACAUCCCUCAGUGUACCCCACUGGGAAACAUAAUGGGGUGUCCGUGUUGAUCCGCUCAGAACCUCCCUGACGUGGUGAAUCCUCUGAACGCACUCCUCUCUUUGAUGAGCCUCUCUACAAAGAGACUGAGACAGGGAGAGAGGCUUUGUGCUGAGUAGGCAGGGCUGUAGCAGGUUCUUCGAAGCCUUAACCCAGCUUUACCCCCUCAGUCGCUCAACAGGCUGCAGGCACAUUUGAUCAGACAUACUGUACAUUAGCAGCUCGAGGUAGUGUGCUGCAUGCUUCAGGCAUGUGUUCCCAUCAUUUCUCAUAUUUCUAUUUUAUCAGGACAGUUUUAGCAGGACUGUAUUCAUGUUUUAGCAGUACCUGUUUUAGCAGAUAGGCUUGUCAGUCCCAAAACCUACCUAAGAUGUAUCACUUAUGUUCAGUGGAAAGUAAGGCCAUGGGUCAAAGAAGAUCUCAUUAGAUUUGGUAGUGCCAACAACAGCACUUAAUGUUUGGACUUGUAACUCCUGAGCCCUGCAGCAGAUCAGAGUGCUUUUGGUCCUAGUUUAGGUGGUUAUAUUAACAAGGCACAGUUUGCCAAGUAAGAAGCCAAUAAUUAUGCUCAGAUUUUGCAGUAUUACUAGAAAGUUUGCAACAAAUUUAGUUUCACAUUCUGUAUCUUCAGUGCAUUUCACUCAUACGUAGUAUAAGAGCUUCAUGUUAAAUUUGAAUCUUCACUACUCAGAGGUCAUGACUAUGAUUGAUUUUGAAUAUUUUAUUAUUUGGAAGAAUGGGAAGGACCAGAAAAUAUCCAAGUUGGUAGUGUUACUGCAUUAUUGUAAGAUAUACACACAUAUUGCAAGUCUUGCUAGGAGUGACAUCAGAUAAAUGGAAAUUAGAGAAGGUUUCUAAGAAAAUGGCUGGCAUACAUCUAGUUGUAUUUAAUCCUUGGUUUCUUUACUGUAAAUCAUGAAACUUCCAUUAAUGUUGUCUUUUGCUUUGGAUUUUCCUCAUGAGCUCUCAAUUUGCAACCAGAUAAGGAUUGUUUGCAUGUCCGUGCACUGUAAACUGUCUCUUUUCAGCAUAAUUUGAAAGAAGACCUUAUGUUUUGACACAUUCUGAAGACAGGUUAGUUGCUCUAUCAGAUACAAGACACAUACUCUAGUCAAGGCAGAGUAGGAAGUUUGAAAAUCAGCCUUUAGCUUCAAGCUCCACACUAUGUUCAC